AUGGACCAGGAGCGCCCCCGCUGUGAGCUCAGCAUCAACAGCAGAAACGAUCUCCGCAAAGUUCUCCAUCUGGAGUUUCUCUACAAGGAAAACAAGGACUCUUUCCGCAAACGCUCUCUGAGACGGUCCUCAACUUUGAGCAGGAAGCUCCAAGCCCCAGAGGAGAGCCAGCAGCAGUCUGAGCCUUUUGUCCACACCCCAGCCUGUCGGGGUCCACAGGAGGUCCCUACUUCCAGCAGUGACUCCAUCUCCAGGAGCCCUCUGGGUCAGCUGAAUGAACUGUCUAUAGAGAAGCCAAAUGCCACUUCUAGCAGCCAAGGGUUGUCCCAGAGGGACAGACUCAGGCUAAGAAGUGUUUCAGAGGACAGCCCACUGUGGUACAGCCACACAGAAAUCAACACACCUUUGAAGCUGUACUUGCCUGAUGGGAAUUCCAGGAUGCCGCAGGAACGGCUGGAAAGAGCAUUCAAGUGGCAGGGCAGCCAGCCCCCAUCUCUCAGAAAGAAUCAGUUGGCGCCUGACAGGACGGGUGAUAAGCCAGAUGCCCUGCAGCUAGAGGAUGUUGAGGAUGAACUGAUCAAGGAAGACAUCAUCUUGUGCCCACCUCCAUCAAUGCUCAAGCUUCACACUGUGUCAAAACCAAUUGACCUCUCACUGGCUAAGGAGAUAAAGAUCCUUCUGUUCGGCUCUACCUUUUGCUGCUUCAGUGAAGAAUGGAAACUUCAGAACUUUUCCUUCAAUGACAUCGCCUCGUUAAAAUACGGCAUUGUGCAGAACAAGGGGGGUCCCUGUGGAGUUCUGGCAGCUGUUCAAGGCUGUGUGCUUCAGAAACUCCUGUUUGAAGGAGAUAACAAAACCGAUAACAAAGCCAACUCGAGUCUCCGGCUGCAGCCCUCAGACGCCCAGAGGACUCGCUGCCUUGCUCUGGCCAUUGCCGACAUCCUGUGGCGAGCUGGAGGCAAAGAGCAAGCUGUGGUUGCACUGGCUUCAGGAACACCGCACUUCAGUCCAACAGGGAAAUACAAAGCAGACGGAGUCUUAGAAACACUCACAUUGUAUAGUUUGACCAGCUCUGAGGACCUGGUGACUUUUCUCCAGCAGAGUGUCCAUCAGUUCGAGGCGGGACCCUACGGUUGUAUUCUGCUCACCCUGUCUGCCAUCCUCUCCAGGUCCCUGGAACUUGUCCGCCAGGACUUCGAUGUCCCCACCAGCCAUCUCAUCGGAGCUCACGGAUACUGCACGCAGGAACUUGUCAAUCUUCUCCUGACCGGGAGAGCUGUGUCCAAUGUUUUCAAUGAUGUGGUGGAGCUGGACUCAGGCGACGGGAACAUCACGCUCCUCCGAGGCAUCGGGGCACGCAGUGACAUCGGUUUCUUAUCUCUCUUUGAACACUACAAUGUGUGCCAGGUUGGCUGCUUCCUGAAGACACCAAGGUUCCCCAUCUGGGUGGUCUGCAGUGAGAGUCACUUCAGCAUCCUCUUCAGCCUACGGCCAGAGCUCUUGUGUGACUGGAGGUCUGAGCGGCUCUUUGACCUAUAUUACUAUGACGGCUUGGCCAACCAGCAGGAGGAGAUACGGCUGACUGUUGAUACCACCCAGACUGCCUCAGAGGAUAGCUGCCGUGACCUUGUCCCUCCUCUCGAGCUCUGUAUCAGAACCAAGUGGAAGGGGGCAUCCGUGAACUGGAAUGGCUCAGACCCCAUCUUGUGACCCUUGGAUACGUGGAGUUCUAUGGCUUCAACAUUCAUCACUGGGAUGACCCCUGGACCCCUGGUCUUAGGGUCAAGUCUCUUAGAGGUGUCACCCUGCCUGAGUUUGCAUGGCCACAGAGGCAUGCCAGGUCUUCCAGUUCCUUCCAUGAAGGGCUGUGGUAGGGUUCUGGGCACUGCUGAGGUUCCCUCCUGGCCCAGCUGUGACUGCCAAAGGACAGGAAGGAGGCCACCAGAGACUCCGCUGCCUUUCGUUUGGAUCCUUCCUGGAUAGCCCUCUCUCCAAGGGUUAUCACUGGUGUCACUGGCCUUGGGGACUCUGGAGUCUUGUUACUGCAGCUUCCAUAAAGCAAAAGUCAAGCCUA